CGUAUGUGUGGGAUGUAUAUGAUAUCAAUCGAUGCAUCGCACACAUUACAGACUUUCAAUUUUUUUGAUCAUAGUACCGCUGUGACAUUCACUAUGAAUUCGUUCAAGAUUUUUUGUUUCUUUAUAAUAUCCCUCCCGUUGGUCAAUAUAGAAGCACCGAGUAUUCGCGGUUUACCUGAUCUCGUUACGUUGGUAGACGGAGAUACCAAAAAGUACGACCCACUUUACGUCGUUUACCAAGACAAUAAAUACAGUUUCGUCGAACCUACCAAAUAUAAUUUAGUAAUGCGUAAGCAUAAAUAUGAAACAUCCCAAGACAAGGUGAAAAUGCUGGCAGCUUGCACAAAAAAUGAUAAUACGCCCAACAAUGAAGCACUCCUUGAAAUAGUACCAGUAGAUGAAGAGACACUCGACAAACGUUACCAAUGCGAUACACCAAUCAAAUUCUUCGCCAAAAAAGAAUCCAAAUCGACGCGUUUCACCAUUGGUUUUAUGAUUUAUGACAAGGAGAAAGACUCCAGUGACAUUUCUCUUCUACCAAACACACCAAAGGAUCAAUUUCCGAUUCCUCUGAUUAGAAUUUCGUACAAAACAGCGCCAAGAAUUCAAACCAUAGCAACGUGGCAUGAUAUUAAAUUUACAGAUAUGCUACCGCUGGAUGAAGAUCCCGAUCAGCAAUCACUGAAUAAUUCAAUAUAUGAGAAAAAUGUGGAUAUUUACGAAUACGAUAUCGAUCCGGCUUAUAAUGAAGAAAACCAACAAAAAUUCACCGUCGAAUUUUUCGAUGAGAAGACGCCUACUUCCACUUCCAGGUUGGUAAAAUUACAACUGACGCCAUCGGCUGAUUUCUACUUCGAUGCGUGGAAAUGGGCGACAAGAUGUAAUAUCAACACAGUGCCUAUUUGGAAAGAGCUCGUUGAAGAAUGGCAACAGCUCGAGAGAUUCAUUAGACAAGUAGCGAAAGUUAUCGGUGAUCUUCGAAUCAUUACAGGAGGUACUUAUCCUGCCAGCAAAGCCAACGAAAAAAACCCUACUGUAGCUGAAUUAAUACCUUUUUACGAAUACCAGGAUGAAAAGUCCUCAAACAAGAAACCUCUUUUAAUGUUUGAACGUUUAUUCAAAGCUGUCACUUUCAAUCAACAACGUCAAAAUGGCGAAUGGAUCCGUUACGGAAUAUUGUUCAUGAUGAUCAAUGAUCCUCAUACGGUGGUACACCAGAAUAACAAAAUCGCUCGAAAAACCGGUUGGAGUUAUUUACACCAGAAUAAAUGGAACACUAGAUUUAGCACUUACACAUUAGAUUAUAAAAGUAUGGCGAAUCUCAACAUUGAUAAUGAUGGAGAAGUUUAUGAGCCCUUUGAUUUGAACGAGGUGAUAAAAUUAACGAGAAAUGACAAAGAAGAGAUCGAAACCAAAGUUGACGUUUUGAGAAAAAUGGGUUUGAAAAAAAUGAGAAGGCCUGUAGAAGAUGAUAUAGAUCUAGAUCAGAGUAUUAUUUCCUAAGUUGUUUUUUUUUGUUUCCUUGUUUUUUUGCUUUCAGUCUUAUAGUAGUCCAAUUAUCAUUUUCAAGUACUUAUUAAUAAUUAGUUGUUGAUGCGAUAUUCCAAAAAUGAAAUAUUGUUUUAGAGCA